AUGCACCUUCGCUUGGGCCUUCUGUCCCUUUUGGCCUCUGUUUCGUUCGCCCGCAACCUCCACAACAAUAAUUUGCUCCACCGCCGUGACGACUCCACUACCUCCUCGGCUCGUGGCUCCAUCUCGGCUGUUCCGCCCAAUGUCGUGACCUUGACUGGUCACUCGACCGCAUCCGCGACCGAUCUCGCGCCCGUCGACGACACCACCGUCCUAACCACCGUCGUCAACGGCCACACGACCCGCGUCACUCUCAUUCCCACCGCCGCCGCCUCGUCCGACGGCAUCGUCAUCCUGACCGGCACGGGCAAGACAGCGUCGGCGACGACUGUGACCGAGUCUGCCAGUCGCAACGGCACCACCUCGCACAUGACCAUGCAGACGUCAACUUCCCGUGCGCUGACGACGACGGAGAGGGCUGCUGUCACCGACUCCAGCGCUAGUCAGACCGAGUCGGCUGCGGCGAGCAGUACGGCCGCUGCGGUGCCGGCGGCGACGGCGGCAUUGGGGUGGGCCGGCCUGAUCGGAGUGGGUGCGGGUGCGAUGAUGGGGUUGCUUUGA